AUGCAGCAGAUUCAGAUGGAAGCGUGGUAUCUCGUAAACCUCCACACGCUUCAAUGUCUAGAGGACGACAGUCCGCUUCCGGACUACACUGGCAAGGCCUUCUACGAUCACUGCUGUUCAUGCAUUGCAACUACUGCCAAAACGAAUCUCAACACUAGGAAGAACCCCGAGCUCUGGGAGUCGUACUCAGUGUAUAAAGGAAAACGAGCACUCACAGGCCUUGAGGAGGUGCGUAACCUCGUCGGCUACUCUCAGUUGAAGGCUGAACUUCGUGAGCAAAUGAUUGUGAAGGCUGAAGUGAUGAUUCGUCAGCAUUUUGCAAAGCACCUGCGGCUCUACGUGCAGAUAGCAUUUGGAGGGUUGGGUAGCAAUCUCGACAAGAAAGUGAUAAAGGAAAAAGCGCUCCUUGUGAGAGAAAUUAUGCGCGUGCUACACGCCGAGUGGAGCGAGCAGUGGACACCAUGGCCAAACCGCAUCGGUGAAAACGGAUUGACUUUCUACGUUCGAUUGGUCUGGGAGUUCCAAAGUGUGGUUGAGAAGAGAAUGAAAGCAGAGCCCAAUGAGAAGGGAGUGCGUGCGUUCUCACUCUUUCCCGUCUCCACGACAUACACGGCGUCGCACAGCAAGAUUAACGGAACCACCCUUCCAGGAUUCUACCUACGCAUCAAGAAGCGGGAGAAGGCGUUCUACUGGCAGAUUGCAGAAGUGGAGGUUUCAACGGAAUCGUUUCAGCAAAACCGUUGGGUGGUGAUGUGCAACGCUUUUGACAUAUCGAGGUUUGAAACGAGAAGUUCUCAGUGUCCUCUCCCCAAGUCCGAGUUUGCAAGCCUCCCCGUAGAAGGGAAGUAUGAGCACGCUAGCCACCUCUUUGCAAACCAGGUUACCACGGAUGGAUACAGCGCAUCUAUCCUGCUCUUUCGGCCCAAGACAGAGAAAAAUGGCAAGGACAGAGCGGAAAAGAGGCCUUCUGAGCACCUCGUCAUCCCCGCUGGGUACGUGCCGGACAUUGUCGUUGGACUGGAUUCAGGGAUAUCCCGGCGUGGUAAGAAGGCACUUGGAUCACAGCGAAAGAAGAGUGAUUGCCCGCACUUGAUACGUACACCUAAGGCUCCUCAGCGUCAAUGCGACCGAGAUAUAGUUCGCAUCAGUACACGUGAAUAUCGACACUUGGCCGGGUUCAACAAAUUUCGGGAGUGGAAUGAGUGUCUGAAGAAACGAGAUCAAGAAUAUCAAAGAGUCAUUGUUGACGUGCCGUCGUUCAAGACGGCAAGCUUUAAGAAGUAUUUGGAGUGCCUCGACUACUUCUGGCGCCACGCGAACUUCCUACUAGAAUUCUGUUCUGAACACUCGUUUCUAAAGUGGAAAUUCUUCAGGAGGCGAAUGGCUUGCGUUGCGGUGGAUGCAAUAGCCAAACGCAUCAUUCCAGUGGUAAGCACGAAGACAUGUGUGGCGUACGGAGACUGGAGUAAGCGCAAUGGUAUCAAAGGUCAUGCAUAUAGUCCGGUGAAAGUGUUGAUGUAA